AAGCACACAAAGACACAAGUAAAAUACCAGAACUAAGAGGACAUAAUCCUGCAUUCUCGCCAUGUACUUGAACCGUAACUCCUGGCUGUUGCUGGUCAUCUCCUUCUUCGUCGUCGUCACGGGUGGAGUCACCUGGCUGACCAACAGUUACUCCGACUGGACGCUCGAGUGCCCCCACGGCAAGGUCAUCAAGACCCUGGUAUCCACGUUUGUGGGGAACAAGGACCGUCAGUGGAACUUCACCUGCUCGGACACGGCCCCCAGGGUAAACCUCACUGAUUGCGAGUGGAGUGGAUACAUCAAUGAAUUCAGAACACAUCUUUACUUUCAGUGUCCGAAUGACGGAGUCAUAUCUGGUACGUGAACACAAGACCCUGGCCCUAGUUGCAAAGGGGAAAAAACACACACUAAGAUAUUAUCUUAACAAACUAUAGCACUUCCUCGUCUUAAUAUUAUCCCCCAAGAAAUACUUGUCAUACAUUUUCAUAAUGUGUUAACAUUUAAUCUUUUAUAAAAAAAAGUUAACUUUAUAAGGGUAUCUUGCUAAGAAUUAAUUUAUGCUUGAAAUAUAGGAAAACUCUCAAGCGUAUAGCAUAUUUAAUUUUACCUUUAAUUUAAGUUUAAAUUAAUAAAAAUUCCUAUAAUCUAGUAGAAUAUUCUCAAAAUCUUAUUUAAAAUAUUGUGUUAUCCACAGCUUUUAACAAAUACACACAUACUACCCACACCAUCUAUCUCCUGGCCAAAUGCAUAUGCACUUCAAAUUCGUUUUUUUAAAUAAAAUUUUCAUAGGCGUGUCCACCUACUUUGACUCGAACCAGUCAGACAGGAGGUUCAAAUUCCUGUGCUGUUCCCCGGGCGAUUACGUCUCCCACGCCUGCGUGUACACUCCGGUCAUGAACUUCAACACGAUGCUCCUGAAUGUCCGGGUGCCGGACAACUGGUACCUGCGGGGCUUCAAUGCGGACUACCAGUACAAGCUGUCCGCCUACGACCGCUUGUAUUACUUCAACCUCUGUCGACUGGACAGGAUUCUACCCCCACCCGAGUGCGUGGAAAAUACGUCCGGCAAAAACAUCACUGAGUACAAUACAACAGUCAACGGAAUAUAAGCUAAGCUUAUUCUAACAAAACAUCUGUAAAAAAAACGGAUUAUUUUUGCAGCGUUAAUGAGAUUGUUGAUGCCAAUGCUAAAAUAGCUUUAUGUUAUUGAAGACUAUCUUUCUACUGAUAAAUCGUUUGGGUUUUGUAGGUUUGUAAUGAUGUAGAAUAAUUUUUGUUUGUUGUCGGCCGUGACCUUGUCGCGAAGUUGAUCGCUGUCUGACCUGUCUGACACGUUGAGAGGACUAUGAGAGAAUUGUUUGCACGGGAGCUCAGGUGAGAGUUGUAGGAUUAGGGAGAGGUGUGGUUUGGAUUGUGUUUGGACGGGGCAUACGGCAUUUAGACUCCGAUCAACGGACGGCAGAAGACUAAGGGUAUAAAACGCCAUUGUAGUUAAAUUUGAAUCUUUAAUAUUUUGCCUAGCUAAAGAGUUAAUGAACUUAAACAGAUUUUAGAAAAAAAAAUCGUUUGUUUUUAAAAAUAUUAAAUAUACUCUUGUCGACAAUGUUAAUUAUUUCCUUCGCAUUAGUAGAAUAAAAAUAAAUUAGCGAAAAUGAUUUUUUUAUAUUGUUUUCAUAAUUAUGUUAUUUGCCGUCAUCAAGAAGAUGUGUUUCUUGAAGAACUUAUCAAUGUCAUUUUAAGAUAUAUCCUUUAAAAGUUGGACAUUUUUUUGUUCCCCUUUCAUAUAAAUGAAAACUUGAUCAGCACUAAGGAGUAAUAAGGUUAGUAAUCAAAACUUGAUCAGCACUAAGGAGUAAUAAGGUUAGUAAUCAAAACUUGAUCAGCACUAAGGAGUAAUAAGGUUAGUAAUCAAAACUUGAUCAGCACUAAGGAUUAAUAAGGUUAGUAAUCAAAAUUAACAAAACCAUCCGGAGAGGUAGCAUUUCAUUAAACAAUCACUUAUUAAAUGUGGCGGUUGUUAAGACGAUGGCGGCAUCCCACGGUGUCGGCCAUUUGCAGCCGUCGCCCUUCUUCCCAUUGGCAUGUGUUAUAACAAAACCUUUGCAC